CAGGGACGCAGACCAUGGCAGACGAGAGGUGGCGCGCCGAGCCAGAGCUCGAGGGGUGGGCAGCGAACGUCACGCCCAGAGCCCCUUUGCGACAAGGAAAGCGUCUCCUCGCCCCUCAAGAUGGCGACGGCAGCGACGCACUCGCGUACGGAAACCCCUCGGGUCAGCGCCGUCGCCGGCGGGAAGUGAGGUUUUCCGAGCUCCCGCCCCAAGUGUACGGCGAUUUCGAGCCGUUUGCGUCCGGAGGAAGUGCUCCGGUGGAAAAGCGGAGCCCAACACAAGAGUUCCGCCCUUCUCCCGGGAAAGAGGAAGUCGUGGAGGCUUACCUUAGGUCACCGCUUGGCACGCAUCUCUCGCGCCUGGGACCUGUGGAAAUGAAAACGAGGAGGACUACCCGGCUCCAGCAGCAGGAGGCUCAGCCACCGCCGCAGCCUUCGCCGGCCACUACGAGAAGAGGGCUGCGGGAGUCCAAGUCCUCGGAAGAGGAUGAACCAUCUUCCCAAACCAUCAUAAGCCAAACAGUCUCAAAGAAAUCUAUCAAAAGAACACAAGAGAUACCAGUAGCUAAUGAAGAUUCUACAAUUAUAGGUGACCUUCGUAGACCACCUAUAAAAAAAAGUUCAGGAUUUGAUUACUCUUCAUUUGGGACAAAUGGAAAUAGUAAAAUGAAGGAAACAGGAGUCACUAGAAUGGAGAAUGUUGAUUUUUCUGAAGAAGUGGACCCUGAAGAUGAGGAGGUAGAACAACAAAACGUCUCUGACAGUGAUGCGAAUCCUCCGAGCCCUAGUGAUGAGGAUUCUACUAAGUCAAGAGGUCAAGAAAUCAAACUUCCCAAUCAGCAGUCACCAUUGCUAACUUCCCAGGUUCCAGCAAAACUUCCAGAAUGGUCUGGACAGAAUGCAAGACUACGGACAAAAAUGCCAACAUCUACAUUAAGCAAGAAGAACUUGAUUCACGAUCAUUUUUCAGAUGAUGAUAACUGCCAUAAGUCAGAGCUUAGAAACAGAUCGUUAUUAUCUGUCAACCUAAGAGAUCAAUCCAAAAAGAAGUCUUCUGUCAAGUUUUGGCUGCUUCUAAUGUUGAUGUUUGGUGUUGUCCCUGGUUUUUUGUACAUGAACUGGCCUUUCACCACAAACGUAAAAACCACUGCUGUGAGGGAAUUCCAGAAUCAGAUGAAAAAACUUAUGAAAAAGUACCAAAGUCAGGACGAAAAGUUAUGGAAAAGGAGCCAGACGUUCCUGGAGAAACAUCUAAAUAGCUCCCACCCACGGCCUCAGCCCGCCAUCUUGUUGCUGACUGCUGCCCAGGAUGCUGAAGAAACACUCAGAUGUCUGAGUGAACAGAUUGCAGAUGCCUACUCCUCCUUCUAUAGUGUUCGUGCAAUCCGGAUUAAUGGGACCGGCACAUCCACCCAAGAUAGUGACUAUGUCAAGCUGGAGGUCGACCAGAAACUGAGCAGUGGGUUCAAGAAUGGCCAGAAUGCAGCCGUGGUUCAUCGUUUUGAAUCACUUCCAGCAGGUUCCACUCUCAUCUUCUACAAGUACUGUGACCAUGAAAAUGCUGCCUUCAAAGAUGUGGCCCUGAUUCUUACAGUCCUCCUGGAAGAAAAGACCCUGGGGACUGAUUUAGGCCUAAAGGAGGUUGAAGAGAAAGUGAGGGAUUUCCUGAAGGCCAAGUUUACCAGUUCUGAUACCCCAAACUCCUAUAAUCACAUGGAUUCAGACAAAUUAAGUGGACUGUGGAGCCGUAUCUCCCACCUAGUAUUACCUGUCCAGCCUGAAAAUUCCCUGAAAAGUGGGGUGUGCUUAUAACUAUCACAAGAACUG